UUACCGGUGCGCGGUCUGAGCUCGAGGUGGGAACAAGCGAGAAAAAAAAAUCUCCGGGAUGGUGGACUCCCGCUUCCCUCGCGCUGGCGGCCCGGGAAUCACGCGCCAUUGAAGGGGGGUGAUAUUGUGCAUGCGCUUUGGCUUCAUUGCGUGCACGCUCGGGUCGGUCCAUACACUGGCGUGGCUCUCGGCCUCCAUUUGCCAGUUUGUGUUUAUGUUCGAGGGAUUCACCGAGGCCCUUUCAACGGCGACGACGACGCGCAACAGUUGGAGUUUUACCGUGAACGUUAUCAUUAUGUCGCCCCCGUAGGCCACGAGGCAUUCAGCCGACGUUGAAAGGUGAGGCAUUAGUGAAACCUGCAACUUUUCCAACUUGGUAUCUGAUGAAGUGGGACAGCCACAGCCCUUGGUGAUGCCUGCCACAGACUCUGAACUCGUAUCGAUGGAGGACCCCCAUGCACUGGAGGAUGAGGAGGGGAGCUCCACUACAAUUCGCUCCUCAGUUCCUUCUACUAUCGUCCCUUCUUCAACUCCUCUUGAUCCAACCACUAUGAGCCCCGAUGUGCCUAGUGAGACAACGAUUGAAACGAAAGCUGUCUCCAUGGCAAGUAAUGAUUGUAGCUUGCCUAUCUCUUCACCUGCUAAAGCUAGCCCAGCCAAGCCUGCUGCAACGUCACUCACUAUCUUUGAAGGGACUGUUGAAACGAGCCCAGCUACCUCACAUAUCGCAUCAGCAACAGACUCCCUAACAUGCACAGAAACAAGCCUUGUCAACAUUUCAGAAUCACCCCCACUAUCGUUGUCUGUGUUGCCAUCUACAACAUUUGGCAGUCCAGACAUGGAAACUGUCUUUCCGACUGUGCUAACCUUCAAAGGCGUCAGUGUCACUCUGGAGAAUAACAGCGUGUGGAAGCAGUUCAACAGCUGUGGAACUGAAAUGAUUCUCACUAAACAGGGGCGCCGUAUGUUCCCGUACUGCCGAUAUCGCCUGGCUGGCCUAGAUCCUGAGCGGCAGUACAGUCUGGUCCUUUCCAUAGUUCCAUCGGACCAGUACAGGUACCGUUGGAGCACAUCCAAAUGGGAGGUCACUGGACCAGCAGAGCACCAGGCCCAGACUCUGAUCCGUGCAUUUUCCCACCAUUACUCACCCAAUCGAGGCUCAGAGUGGAUGGGUAGCUUGUUGUCCUUCUACAAACUCAAACUGACUAAUUGUUCCCAAGACCAGGAUGGCCAUAUAAUCCUACACUCCAUGCAUCGCUACAUUCCAAGGCUACAUGUGAUACCUGUCCCAGAUGGGGACGUACCAACACCUGAACAGCCUGUGGUUAUGGGACCAGAGAGCAUGACCUUUACUUUUCCGCAAACUGAAUUCAUGGCUGUCACUACCUAUCAAAACUUUCGGAUCACCCAGCUGAAAAUUAAUCAUAAUCCGUUUGCAAAAGGCUUUAGGGAGGACGGGAACAACUCCCGCCUAAACCGGAUCACUACAGAGGCUCAACCUGUAGUGAAGACUGACACUCACCUGGUCACUACAGAAGCUCAACCUGUAGUGAAGACGGACACUCACCGGGUCACUACAGAAGCUCAACCUGUAGUGAAGACGGACACUCACCGGGUCACUACAGAAGCUCAACCUGUAGUGAAGACGGAGACUCACCUGGUCACUACAGAAGCUCAACCUGUAGUGAAGACGGAGACUCACCUGGUCACUACAGAAGCUCGACCUGUAGUGAAGACGGAGACUCACCUGGUCACUACAGAAGCUCGACCUGUAGUGAAGACGGAGACUCAGCCUUCUAUUUUAAAACCUGCUGCUGAGCUCAAUGAAAAGGAGGCGGUUGUCGAUCUGAGCGCAAAGAAUCUCACCGUCCCUGCUUCUGUCUCAAAUGAGCAAACGACCACCAGGCUGGUCCUGAAGCCCAUAAUGUCUUACCCUUCCAGAAAGGAUGAACCCUAUAUCCCCUGUAUAAGAGGCAAACAUGCCCUUGGUGAGCUUGUGCUUUUCCAACGACGUCCACUUGUGAAACCCAAGGAAGAAAUCCAUGCCGUCAGUAUAACCCCUAAGGCGCUUCAAGUAAAGCCUGAAGAAAUUCCUAUGACUCCUACUUCCUUAACGUCGACCCCGGGAUCAUCACCUGGGUACCGCAAGAGGAGGAAGAGGAUCAACAAACGUUGGGCGAAUUCACGGGGAAGAGAUUGGAAAGCUGCGGCUGCCUCCCCCACGGUAUUCCACAGCCCAUCAUUGACUGUCGCUAUGCAACCAGAGCUGGAUGAUGUAGAAGGCCUGUUGUUUGUGUCAUUUACCUCAAAGGAAGCUCUUGAAGUUCACAUCAGGGACAAGCCAGCCAAUAGUACACCAUCAGCAUCUCCAGUUUCCCCAACUACACCCAUGCAGUGGAAGGAAAAAAUGGAGGUGAUUCCAGAGACUGAUGAGGAGAAGAUAGCCCGUGCGGAGGCUAUCCUGCUGCAGGACCUCGGGGUUCUCAAACAUAGACAGGUCAUCCAUCCUGUGCUGCAGGAGGUGGGCUUGAAGUUGAGCUCCCUAGACACAACAAAGUCCAUCGACCUGCAGUAUCUGGGGGUUCAUCUGCCACUACCUCCCCCAAUCCGACCCGAACAAGGAAAUGCCAUGGUGCGGUCUCCUGGUGAUGAGGGAUUAUCCUUCAUCUCCCGGACAGGAAAGACGAGCGACAUCACAAAAAUAAAAGGAUGGAAAAACAAGUUUAUAAGAAGCAAAGAAACGUCUCCUUCUAAAUGCGAUGGAUCACAGAAGAACCUAUCUGCCUUCUGCAGCAACAUGUUGGAUGAGUACUUGGAAAGUGAAGCGCAGUAUAUCAGUGAGCGUGCUGCUGCCUUCUCCUCAAACUCAGAGGGCUCGGUGGCCUAUCAGCUGCCUGUUAAAAGCUCCAGCUAUGUAAAGACCCUGGACAGCGUACUCAAGCAUCGACGAGCUGCCUUCAAAUUCCCUGUGGGAGCCAACAGACCCUGCCCCCUUUCCCACAAACCCCUUCUCUACUCUGUCCUGGCGUCACCGCCUCCUCCUCUGGCCAGUCCUGCGACCCCUGUUCAAGCACAAGCUCGGUCCAUACAGCAGUCUGCAUCUUCACAUGUACAGCCAGUUGCACCAAGAUUAUCUACACCCCAGCCAGGGGUCAGCCAGAGACCAGCGGUUGGCAUUGGGCAGAGCCAAGGAGGGACACACAGACCAGGCUUCACUAAGGUCCAGCUCAAACUGUUGCAGAUGGAGCUCGGAGCCCAGAGCCAGGGUCUGAGCAGAACACAGCUGACUCCAGACAGGCUCUCAGUGGCGCUGUCUGCAAUCCUGUCCAAACAGAUGCUGCCCAGUCAGGUGUUGAAAGUGGCACACUGUCCAAAGUAUAAAAGUACGGGCCCUGAAUGUGGUCAGGAGUUCUGCACAUUGGGCUGCGUGUGUUCCAGUCUCCGGCAUCUGAACAGAGGUCCCCUCCACUGCCGGCGGCCUGACUGCAUGUUUGGCUGUGCCUGCUUCAAACGCAAGAUCACCAAGCAGGCGACUGAGGGGGAGAAGGAAGAAGUGAUCCAACCUGUUUACUCUAUGACUAAUAUGGAACAUGUGGUCCAGCCGGGCCCGGGCUCCCAUUCUAACAAACUGUGGAACCACAACAUUCAUGGUGUGGAUCCAGAGCCAAUCUUCACCCCCAAAAGUCCUCCACGUUUGUUUGCCCCUGUAAAGGUCCUAAAACGCAGCAGUGUAGCUCGUACAACGCAACCGAUACGAGAAGAGGAUAAGGAUCCAGUGUAUAAAUACUUGGAGAGCAUGAUGACAUGCGCACGUGUAAGAGAGUUCAACAGCAAGCCUCCCCCUAUAGUCACCAUCGAGCCCAUGAUCCUUGAUACUUCUACACCAAACACCACAGCAAAACCACAGGCGACAACCCCUGAUGACCAGCUGGAGAAGUGCCUCAGAACUCUACUGACUGUUGAUAAAGCAGCAGAAAAGGCUUCUCAGGAGACCAUAUCCAAUGAAUCCGAAGCGAAAAAGCAAAUCGAGAUCCAGUCUGCGUGUAAGUGGGCCAAGGACCGCAAAAUAGUCCUGAAAACUUUAUGUUGGCGCAUGAAUCAGAAUAGGCUUUCCCGUCGCUUCUGGGUAGGACCUUACCUCAUACGCCCGGUCGCCAAGAUCUUCAUGCGGAAGCCCAGCGGCUCCAUCGUCACCUACAGGGUACACAUCAGUAAACCAUCAAAAGCCAGUGAUAUUGAUGAAGACGAAUAUGAUGACAGCGAUGAGGAAAAGAAUGCCGAUGAAAGCUUUGAUGGGAACAUUGAUGCAGAAGAGGGCGAUGACCAAAAUGAAGAGUCAGAUAUGCAGUUUGGAGUCACACCCUUUUUGAGUGGAGUGUUACCUGCCGGCAGGAUGAGAGCCAGGACUAAACCUGUUGGCUGCCAAGCGUAUGGACUUAUACAGGUAAAUGGCAAAUCGUACAAUCAGGCCAGACUGUUGCUGGGAAACAUGGGAUCUCUACAUCCAGCCAACCGCCUCGCAGCAUUUGUCACUGGCCGGCUGCAUCCUCCCGGCGGCAUUUCUCUUAAAAACUCUCCGAAGUCCGACCCUGCAAACAAAAUCCCCUCUCCUGGUGCUCUGCACAUUAAGGCUGCUGGCACAGUUGUCCCUCCAAUUAUUACUGCAAGAAAAACUACUGAUCUGAAGACACCAGCACAACCACCAGCUCAGCAAUUCCAGCCAGACUCUUGGAAAAAGGGAUCCAUCAACUUGCCGCAGCAUUCACAAAACUCCUCCAUCAUCAACUCUUUUGUCUCAGGGAAACGAAGCUCAGUCUGCCCCUUCCAGAACAGCUCCUCGUCCUCGCCCGUCUCUCUCACCGUCUCACAAUCACUGAAAACACCCAGCUUCUUAGGACAGAGCGGGACUUAUUCAUUCAGGAUCUGCCCUCCAGCUAACCAGCGCACCACAGGCCAGAACCUGCCAGGAGUUACCCUGCCUGGGGGCUUCACCCUCAUUCAACUCCCUAAGCCUGGAGCUAAUGGAGCUGCAUCAGAAUCUGUGAGCACUACAAACAUUGCUGGUGUGGAUAAAGCCCAGUCACAAAAAGAUGCUUUGUUUAAUUUAAUUAAAGGAGGUGGUGCACGUGAAAAAUGGUGUUGUUUGAACGCCUUUACUCAAGCUAAGGAUCUAUUACGGAGCAGGUUAGUGGAGCCUGGAUCCUCCUCUGAGCUUAUGUGUGAUGAGAAGAUGCCAUCAGAAGAGAGCGAUGAAACUAACAUCAGGCAGGUGGAUAUCGCUUCAGAGGACUUCAGCUCCGACUCCUCAGACUACUCUGUGGAGGGUGACGAAGAUGUAAGGGAUGAGGAAGUGGACAUUGAGACGGUAGAAGAAACAAAACAAGGAAUUGCCAUCGCUCAAAUGAAAGAAGCUGUCCGCAAGGCACUAAAGGAGUCAGGAGAUUCCAGUGAUGGUUUUGGAUCAGCCAGGGAACUAAACGCCCAGGAUGAAAUGGACAGCGAACAGGAUGAUUGUAAGGAUAAAAGGAGGCGAAAGAACCACACGGUGCUAGAAAGGCAGAGACGCUCUGAACAGCGCGUCCUCUUCGACAAACUCCAGACUGUCCUGAAGAGUGACCCCAGGGCCCCCAGGCUCCGCCUCCUCUCACUGGCCCAAAAAGAAAUCCAAAAUCUGGUUGAGACCUCCAGAUGUCUGCAGGAGAAGAAGAGGAUGCUGAAUCGAAUGCAGUCUCUUUAUGUAAAGGAGCUUUCUGUUUUGUCUGGGAAGUCGGACACGCUGAUUAAACACAAGCUGAAGGAGAUCUGCGAGAGGCAGAAAAUCAGAGAAAAGAGGAUGGAAUGGAAGCCUUUCUUUUCCCAUCUACUCCAGUCCAGAGCUGCUGUUCUGCAAGGCACUAACCCUAACUCCAAGGUCCGGCCCACGCCACUGUUACAGCCCGAUUUACACAGGGCUCCAUCUCAGGCUAACCCACUUACAACAUCAGCACAAAAAAAGCUUAUGUCCCUGCUCCAGCCUAACCUACAAAGGGCUCCAGCCCAAUCCAGUGUACAGACACACAUGCUUCAAUGGGUGUCUUCUUCAGUCAAGGAUGAGGUCAUUGCACCCUCACUACAUGGCGGUCAGGCAAAGUUUGGGGGCCAACAGGAGAUACCCGGUGCCCAAGCCCAGGUCGGUACGUCCAAGUCCCAAACGGAGAGCUCAGUCGCAGCCCAGGAUGGCGCCUCACUUAAGUUCCCAAAAGCCAAAUCCAGAAAACGUCCUGUUCAGUCUGCAAAUCCCUUUGCUCUUCCUCUGAUUCGCUCCAAGACCGGCAGAAUCAUACUUCCCUCAUCUCUGAAACCACUUGGUCAUGGCUUCUAUACACUCACCGUAAUGCAACCCAAGCAGAAAGGAGAGAAGGAUGACGUUGGGUCUUCAGCUAAUGAUGUGGACUCAUCUAUGAACCAAGACAACAGCUCGUCUGAAGGUGACCACCCUUUAGAUUUGGCAAGCAGUCGUAUUUUGGAGGACGACAAAACCGUAAAAUCUUCAAACUCUAAACCAAAGCUUUCAGGUGCAACAGCCCCUCUGGCUGAGCUUGCACUCCUUAACAAAUCAAUCGUUGUGCCUUCGGUGACUCUGCAAGCUGUGGAGAACAGCCAGGAGGGGGGCCCGGCGGUGGGUUUCAACAAAACACUGGCGACCGCCUGUUUGAGUUUUCAGUGUGUGAAGCAGAGUCCUACUGCUGUUGAGCCUGUAGUGCGCCGUGGCAGAGGCAGGCCUCGAAAGAUCCUCGUUACCCCUGUUAGUGCAAAAGAAAAACAUGCUGUGGUAGAAGACACCAGUAAAAGUGAAAGUGAAACAUCUAUUCUGGUUGAAGAGACACAAAGUGAAAAAAUUACUUUGGAAUUGACCAAGACGCAAGCCAAGGACUCCCCAGGAGUGGUUAGUGAUAACCCUGUACCGGUCAAACGAGGCAGAGGAAGGCCUCCGAAGAAAAAGUCUGCACAGCUAUGGAGUCCUUCGGAUGUGCGAGCAAGGAGUCCAUCUAAAUCCAACGAGGACAGCCCUGUCAGACUUUCUUUCUCACGUUUUAAAAGCCCCAAUGAAAGUCCUGCAACAAACGCCGCGCUUGGAGAAGUCAACACAUCUCGGCCGUUAACCCGAGGAGCUUUAGGAAAGGACUUCCCCAGUGCUAAGAAACGCUCCUGGAUAGACGUAGAAAAGGAACUGGAACCAGAGCUUGAAUUUGAAUAGUAUCUUCCUGUAGCUGCAAAAGCCAAUGCACACAGGCAUUUGACCUCAGUUAGUCUCAGAGCUGGAUGCUGCUCUUUUCUGUGUCUGUUGGCACAAAACUCAGUGGACUUUUUUCAUAUUACAGAGAGAAGUAUAUAGGUGCUUUGGUGAUGAGUAUAAAAGGAAGCAUUAUUGACCUGCUGAAUGUAUUUACAAACGUGUUGGUAACUCCCACAUUCAGUUUUGAUGUUAUGUUUUCUAAAAUGGAUUUCUAUCACAAACAGGAUAUUGAGAUUAAUUCAAGUAUGUUUUUGUUGAAGUCAUUUAUUACCGAUCUGUUUUAUGCAAAUGAAUUCCAAUGCAUUAAGAUUUACAGUGUACAUUUAAUAACACUGCUUCAUUAACUCUGUAAAAUGUUAAUUUAUGUCUUUUCCAUUUUUAUUAUGAAUUAGUUUGAUGCAUAUAUCCUUUUUGAAAUUCUUGUAAUCUGUUAUUAACUCAGUGAAAAUCAUCUGUAGUAGCACUUUAUGUUGUCUGUAGAAACCACCCAUGAUGUCUGAUGUCUUUGCUGUAGUCUUUAGUGAUCUAUAUUCUGGAGAGUUCACUCACUAAUAUGCAUUUAAACCUGAUGAGUCACAAGCAAUCAAGAGAAAAGCUACUAGCCAUAUAUUGUAUCUAUGAAAAUAACCUCUGUAAAUAUUGUCUUUCUUUUUUUAUCGCAUUAUAUUUACUUUGUACAUGAUUUUGAAACACUGGUUGUCCUGUUACUUCAGUUCAAUUGAAAAUGUGAAAAAUAAUGUGGCCUUUAAAAUCAAUAAAAACUACAUGCAUUUAUUAUGGCACCAUUAUGGCACCCUUCAGUCUCUCAAAG